AACAGUUUGUAGUUAGAAAGCAGCAGUGUGGCCAUGCCUGAACCAGCCAAGUCCGCUCCAGCCCCGAAGAAAGGCUCUAAGAAAGCGGUGACCAAGACCCAGAAGAAAGAUGGGAAGAAGCGCAGGAAGACAAGGAAGGAGAGUUACGCCAUUUACGUGUACAAGGUGCUGAAGCAGGUGCACCCCGAUACCGGCAUCUCCUCCAAGGCCAUGAGCAUCAUGAACUCCUUUGUCAACGAUGUGUUUGAGCGCAUCGCAGGGGAAGCCUCCCGCCUGGCUCAUUACAACAAGCGCUCCACCAUCACCUCCCGGGAGAUCCAGACCGCGGUCCGCCUGCUGCUGCCUGGGGAGCUGGCCAAGCACGCCGUGUCCGAGGGCACCAAGGCUGUCACCAAGUACACCAGCGCCAAGUAACUGCUGCCCCAUCUCCUGCCCUACUCCCAGCAACACAAAGGCUCUUCUCAGAGCCACUCACAUUAUCUAAACACGGCUGUGUGACACAUACGGGGCUGAAUCUGACUGCUGAUCCGCUCAUAAACCCUCUUAGCCGCCCCUAUAGUCACUGAAUUGUAACAAAUCUCUCAACUGUCUAUUCUAAACUUUUUCCACAGCUUUCAGUUUCAUGUGUUCGCUGCCAAUAAAUUGAUAAACUCCA